AUGCAAUGUCUGGCGUCAAAUAAGUCUACAUUAACAGCGUUGGCUGGCAAUACAUUAUUUGGAAAUGAAUCAGUAUUGACAAAUGAUAUUGAAGGAAUUGAUAUUGUACAAUUUGCUGAUGGAUGGUUUUCAUAUCCUGAACUUAAUUUAUUUGAUAGCGAUGUAUUAAUUGAUGCAUUAACACUUAGAAAUGUAAAAGACAAAUUAUCACCUUGGUCUCCAACAAUUGACAAUCGUCUUUCGGUGCCAAUUACUGAUACGGCAUCACGCCAGUUAGAAGCAUUAUUCAAUCUAUCUCAAUUACUGUUUGGUUUAUCUCGUGCUGAAUUAUCGAAUUAUACAUUUCGUGAUUUACAGCUUGGACAUUCUCCAAAAGCGUUUCGUCAAACUGGAUUUAAAAAAUUUUCAAAAGACGAUGUUAUUGAUUUUUAUCAAUGUUUUCAAGAUGUUGUUUAUGAUGCUGUCGAAGCUGGAGCUGUUGAUAUCGUAUUUUUGAUGUACAAAGAUCCGCGCUUACGUUUAGUCAAACAAAAAUGUCUUGAUUUUUUAAGUAAUAUCACUACACCAUGUGAUAUUGCUCGAUCAUUGCUUCAAGAACAAACGUGGUUUCUUGAUCAAUUAAUGAUUGGAAUUCGUGAUGGUCAAUUAAUUGAAGAAAAAAUUCCUUCGCUAAGUGUUAUUAUACGCCUGUGCAAAAUAAUUGUUGAACAAAAUUUAAUUCAAUAUUAUUCACAUCUAAUUGAUAUGCAAUAUAUCGACAUAUUAAUUGAUUUAUUUGAAAAUUUAGAAUAUAAAACGUCAGCAUAUCUACCUUAUUUUAUUAAAAUGGAAUCAUUAUGUUUACAAUGUUUGACAAUUCUUUUUCAAUGUCCCGAACAUGUUGAUAUGUGGUCUGAACGUGCGCAAAUACGUCUUGUGAAUUAUUGUUGUACAAUAAUGCAUAAAGCAGCAUUAGGUGGUCAACAGCAUCAACAACAUAAUCAAGAUAUUAAUCAUAUCUUAUAUGCUGAACAAAAGUCAACAACACAUUCGUUAGGCUAUUCGAUAUUGACAUUUCUUCAUAUUGUUCGAUGUAAAAAAGAUAUCAUGACAUUUUAUAAAGAAAAUAUGCAUUUUAGAGAAUUAUUAAUUGCAUUAAGACAUAAAUAUGGACCAAACACAUUGUAUAAAAUUAAAGAUCCAUCUAUUUAUUAUGCAUUAUCACAUGUUAUAUGUGUCAUGUUCGAUUAUAAAACAAAAAGACAUAAAAAACAACAUCGACAACAACAACAAUUGCUAGGAGAAACGGAUGAUGAUAUGAAUAAUAAUAAAUUUCGAAAAUGUUCAAAUCCAAUGUGUCAAAGGAUUGAAAAUGAACAUAACGUUUUUUAUCAGUGUCAAAGCUGUCAACGUAUGGCAUACUGUAGUCAUUACUGUCGAGAUGUACAUUGGACAUUAAAACAUAGUAAAUCAUGCCAGAAUAUUAUUUCAGAGCACAAGCAAGAUGAUGUGGUACUUGAAUUAGAAACUGAGUAUAUCAAUCCUCAUAAUACAACACCGGCAAGCACAAGUGAAGAUAGUCCAAUUGAUUGUACAGUUUUUGAUACAGUUCCGAUUCAAACAACACAAUCAGUCAUUGUAGUAGAAGGAAAAGAUGAGGAGGAAGAGCCAGAAUAUAAAACAUGUGUAUCAACAAGACGGCCAUUAAAAACAUCCACAACAACAGAUUUAACAUCAGUAAUUGAUAAAAAUGAACAAAGUUCACAACUAAGAGUUGAAGAAGAUUUUGAACAUAUGAAAAGAUUUGUAGCAAAUACUUUAGAAGAUAAUACAACAGAACUAGAAGAAAAAGAAGAAAUUGUACCAGUCAAAGAAAGAUCUAUUCAACUCCAUUCGUUAAACUAUACAGCAAAUACUUGUUCAACAAGAAAUCAUGAACAUUUGAGUAGUGAUAGUGAUGAUAGUAGCAGUGGUAGUGGGGACGAGGAUGAAAUUUUGAAUCAUGCUGAUGCACAACCAGUUAACUGUUUUGAACAACAAUAUCAGCAAUAUCAUGUAAAAGCUAUCUUACAUCGUCCAUCUACUCAACGUACACUUCGUUUUCCAUUGACACGCAUUGAUCAUUCAAAACCAUUACAGCAACAACAACAACAACAACAACAACGACCAUCAACACAUCAAAAUCGACGUUCAUCAACAACAACAAAACGGUAUAUUUCAACACCGAAACGAACUACGAAACAUCAACGUCCCAAUCAUUAUCAUCAUCAUUCAUCUGGUGGUAGUACGCGUACGCAUCAUGACAGUGAUAGUCGAAGUAGUUCAAAUAGUCAAAAUAAAAAACAAAAAUAUACGGUAAAUAAUCGUUUAUAUCAGCAAAUUCAUCAAUCACAACAAUUACGACCACCAGUACCACCACUACAUCAUCAUCAUUCACGACGAAAAAUUCAUCAUGAUAAUAUAAAUCUAAGUCAAUUAUCUGCAUUGAAUAAUGCUUCGGUAACAAGUCAAUUUGUAAAUAUAACACAAGCAGAUAUACCAAAAGCAAUUGAGGAAAAAAUUAAUAAGAAUAAACAUCAAACAGGAAAGAAAAAACACAAAAAAUGUGUGAUAUCUUAA